GGCUGGGGCUGGGGCUGGGGCUGCCCGGGCUCCAGCUCAAGAGGCGGUCCCGGCAGUGAGGGGCCUCCUCCGAGAAGCAGGGCGCGGUCCCAGCUAACGUAGGGCUCACCCGCUGACUCUCCCCUCCUCGCUGCACCCAUAUCCCAUCGGUGUACACACACGGACGCUGACCCCACGCAGAUCCAAAGCAGGAGUCAAAACAACAUCUUUGCGUUUUCCACCACCUCCCCAUCAUCAUACAAAGGACAAAGAAGCAGGACCAUGUUCCAACCAACUGAUUCACACCAGCCAGCACUGUUCUUUAUUCUAUAACAGCAUGGAGUGGCCAGGCACCUUUGUUGGAAGAAAUGAUGAUGGGCCUGGGUCCCCUGUUGUUGGUCUUCAUGCUGGGUCUGAGUCUGACCACAUCUACCCUGGCUCAGAAUGACUACAGGUACAGACACUUCCUGACCCAGCACUAUAAUUCCAAACCAACUGGCCGGGAUGACAGAUACUGCAACUUCAUGAUGGAGAGACGAGGCCUGACUUCACCCUGCAAAGACACCAACACCUUUAUUCAUGGCACCAAGACAAAUAUCAAGGCCAUCUGUGAUGAUGAGAAUGGGGUGCCUUACAGAGAAACUUUCAGACAAAGCAAGUCUUCUUUCCAGAUCACCACUUGCAAGCAUAUAGGACAGUCCUCCCAGCCUCCCUGCCGUUACAGAGCUAAUAAAGGGUCCAGAGUCAUUGUUGUUGCCUGUGAACAUGGCUUUCCUGUCCACUUCGAUGAGUCCUUUAUCCGUCCAUAAGAAACAGGCCACUGGCCUAGAGUGGGCUCUGCUCUCCAUUCCUUGCAUUUCUCCUACACACUGCAGAACAGUAGCAGCAACAUUCAUUGCCAGGGGCCCAGGAAAUGAACUGCCUGGAUCUUUUGUUUUCAGUUUUACAAUAUGUUAAUAAAUUAAAAUGUCUCUGAAAUCAGUAAAAAUGAAAAUCUUCUCACCAA